GUUUUAAAAGCCUCUAAAAAAUAAUAAUUUUAAGAGAGAGAAAACUGGUGAACUCAGCGUUUUCUUUCUAUUUCUCUCCCUUGCUUCCUCCUUGUUGCCAUCUUUGUAUGGGAAAUUGGUAGGCGGAAAUGCCGAGCUCGGCGGAGAAGGAAAUGGAAAGUGGCAAAGAGGACGUUGUUUGCUUAGAACUCUCUGCUCCUCCUGGUUGGACGAAAAAGUUCAUGCUGAAGAAAGGGGGGACUCCUAAGAGAAAUGAGAUCAUAUUCACUGCUCCCACAGGAGAGGAACUCAGUAACAAGAGACAACUGGAACAGUUCCUUAGAGCAAACCCUGGUGGUCCAGCAGUAUCAGAAUUUGAUUGGGGCACUGGCGAGACCCCAAGGAGAUCAGCAAGGAUUAGCGAGAAGGUAAAAGCAAUGCCAACACCAGAAAGUGAACCUCGAAAAAAACGAGGCAGAAAAUCAUUAGUUUCAAAGAAGGAUAACAAAGAAUCAGAGACUGCCCCUGAAGGAACUGAGGAGACUAAAGGCGUUCGUAUGGAAGAGGCUGAAAAAUCUGAGAAGGAGAAUGUGGAGGGUGAGGCGAGAAAGGUUGCCGUGAAGGAAAAUGAAAAUGAGAAUAAAGAUAAAACACAAAAUGCUGAUAGCAAAACUGAAUCCACUUCUCAAGAAGUGAAACAUGGAGAAGAUGCUAUUGCUAAUAUGUCUACUAAUAUUGAAGAAGGUAAUGAAAAUGUUGAAGCAGUAUCUGAAAAGUUGAAUGACCCCCAGGAUGGAGUUGAAGCUGAUGCUUCUAGAGUUCCCCAUAAAGAAAAAGAGGGUUUGGAGGGUGCAAACUCUCAGGGAAAGCGUGAACAACCAGUGGCCGAAGCAGAGAAAGGGCUUGGAUCUGGGGAGCUGGACAAACCAGAUGUAGGCAUUACUGAGGAAAGAAAAAAGCAGGCGGAAGGAGAAGAAAAGGUGAAACAUGAUAGAAGCAACACUGAUUCUGAAGGAGCAAUCAAGGAGAAAGAUUCAGCAAAUUGCAAGGAGGGACAAAACACUGCAGGCGACAAUGAAAAUAACAAGAAAGCUGAAGAAGCAAUUCAGAAUGGUAAUAAUGCUGUCGAGGUCUAGCCUUGAGUUACUAUAUGCAAUAGAUUAACAUGAUUUAGGCUUCCUUUCACCUCCUUGUGACCCUUUUUUAGAUUUUUGGACUUCUUCAAAUGACUAUAGCUUCGAUAAGGAUAAUAACUGACUGUUCAUUGAGACAUCAUUCUAUGUAACGGUUGAUAGUUGUAUAAUAUAGCUGUUUCCGAUGUAUCGGUCAGACUUGUAGCUUUUUGUGAUACAUGUAACAUUAUGGCAUCUAAAUACUGUAAAUGGAUGUAACAUGCAGUGUUAAGUAAUAAGUUGCAGUAAUGGAUGAAACUCCCAAUGCUCUUCUGCUAUGUUGCUUUUGUUAGUUU